GCAAAAUAUUCAUUAAACAAUACAAUUAAAUGACAAUAUGAGUGAUAUAGCAACUAAUUAUGAGAUAGUGGAUGCUACCACAUAUGUAUGUAUAGUUCUGGUAUUAAGUUCAGGAAUUUCAGCAGAAGAAGUCAUUGAAAUUCUUAAUAAUCUUCGAAUCCAUUUAUAUGGAGAAUCAUCAUUAUCAUUACAAUAUACAACUAUAAAUCAUAUACUUGAUUUAAUUCUUAUUUAUGCUGAUCCAACUACUUAUUCAUUAGAUUCAGUAGUUAAAUUUGUUCAAACAUUAGUAAUUGAAGAAAAGGAAAAGGAUCAUGAUCAUGAUCAUGAUUCAUCUGAUAAAUUUAAUGAUCUUGAAGAGUUAGUUAAUUGGAUAUCUAAUAAAGAGUCCAUUACAAUACCUCAAAAUAAUAAUUCAAUCCUUAAGACUGCUUCAGAUACUUUAUUAGAUACUUCUGCACAAAUAAAUCAAUAUUUCUUUACAAUAAAUCCAAAAAUUGAUUCACCUGAAGAAAUCUUAUUUACAUUUGUUAAGGCCAAAGUAUUAAAAUUAUCUAGUUUAUAUAAUGAUAUUUCAAAUUUUCAAAGUUUAUUUAGAUCAUUAUAUGACUUUCAACCAUUUAAAUUAUGGUAUAAUGGAUUAAUUCAACUGUAUUCAUAUUAUUGGGAUAAUUAUGCUUCAAUAUCUAAUGAUUCUAAUAUCAUAUUAUUACAAGAAUUCCUUAAGAUUGAUAAUUUAGCUGAUCAAUUUAAUCAUUUAAUAGCUCCUUUAUCUCAACAUUCAUUUGUAAAUGAUAAAAUAUCUAUAGAAAAUUGGUUAACUCAUGUAAUAUUACCAUUAAUUACUUAUCAUAAUAAUGAUUAUGAUCCAUUACUUGUAUGGUUAUUUUUCAAUCCACAAUUAAUAACUCAAGGUCCACCAUCUAAAAAGUAUAGUAUCUGGAAGCAUGCUAUUCAUGCAAUAAUUCUGCUUCCUCAUACAGAUAUUGAUGGUAUUAAACAAAUAAUUGAAUAUUACUUAGCUUCAUGUUAUUAUUAUGCUCUAUAUUAUGAAGAUGAUGAAAGGAAAGUAUCAUCAAUUGAACAAACAAAAAUAUAUGAUGAUAUAUCUAAUACAUUACAAUUAAUAACAACCGAAAAAUCACCUAUUGAUAUACAAUUCAAUUUUACAGAAUUACCUCAUUUUGAUUCAUUUGGAGAAUUUAUUAAAUCUCCUGAAAAUCCUAUAAGAAAUUUAUUUAUUGAAGCAGAUGGAAGUUCAAUAGCAUUUUUAAAACAAAUUUUAAUUACAUGUCAAGAAUUAUAUCCUAUAAAUAAAUUAACUAUUUCGAAAUAUUUACAUUUUAAAUAUUCAAUUCAACCAAUAUCUAUUAAGGAGAAAGAAAUUCUUCUUAUAUUUAGUGGUAUUAAUUCUAUAAAUUUACCUCAAUUAUUAAAAUCAGUUAAUUUAUUUAUGAUAAAUUUUGUUACUGAACCUCAAGAUAUAAUAAAAAUUAAGAAUAUAAUUAUUGGAAGAUUAUUAUUCUCUAAUUUUUUUGAUAUUGUUGAAUCAACAUUUGCAAAAGAAAUUGAUUCUAAUACCUAUUUUAAUUUAGUAUUAGAAAAAUUUUGGGAUUCAAUUAAUAAUGCAUCAAAUAUUAAUGAUAAAAUUGGUAAACUUCAUGAUGCAGCUAAAUGUCUUGAAUUAUUUGAUAAUAUUUCAAAACUGUCUCAAUUAAAUGAAAUUAAUCAAAAAUUAAUUAUUCGAUUUAAACAUUUAUUUAGAGCCAUGAAUAAUAUGAAGAAUUUUAAGAUUUCUGUUGAAAAAAAUUUACCAUUUACACCUUAUCAAUUAAUUCAUAAUUUUGGAGGAUCUAAUAAUAAUUCAACAGAUAAUGAUGGAUUAACUCCUAUUAAAUUAAUUAAUAUAAUUCUUGAACAAAAUCCAAAAUCAUAUUUAGCAUUUGAAAAAUUAUAUCGAAUUUUAAAUGAUUUAUUAUUAUAUUUUGAUAUUAAUAAUGAUAAUGAAAAUUCGACAUAUUAUUUUAAUAAAUUAAAAUCUGCUUGUAUUGAAUCAGCAUUAAUUGAUAAUAAUUUUCAAUUUGCUUAUAAUCAAUGUAUUGAAUUAUUAAAUCAUUAUCAAGAAAAUAAUAGUAAUUUAAAUGAUAUUUGGUUAACAUUUUAUCAAGUAGGUAAAUAUAUUUCACCAAAUUGGUAUGAAGAUGAACUUAAUGAAAAGAAACAAGGAGAAAAAAUUGAAAUUUGGCUUAAACAAAGACAAAUACUUUCACGUACUCUUGAAUUUACUUGUCAUUUAGAUACAAUGGCUGAUAAUAGUAAAGUUAUUAUUAAUCAAUGGGAAAGAAUUAAUGAACAAUUACAAGAAUAUUUUGAUGAUAAUAGAGUGGCUGAAUUAAAGACAUUUCAAUCUACUAAUCAUUUACGUAGUUUAAAUGAUGUUAAAGAAAAUAUUGGAUCACUUGCUAAUGAAAUUAUUACGGAUGCUACUACAACGACUAAUCAAGCCAGUGAAAAAUUGUCUAAUCUUUUUGUUUCAGGAUUAGGUUGGGCUAUUGGAGCCAACCAUCCUGCGCGAUAGUAUAAGAAUAGUAUAGUAGUAUAGUAGUAUAGUAGUAUAGUA